GCUGCUCCGGGCGUUUACUCUGAGCUUUUAGAGCGAUUUUUGAACAUUUUUAUCUUCUUCUUGUUGAUUUGUUCCCGUUCAGGAUGGAAACUGUAGCUAGUUAGCUUAAAUGUUAGCCGGAACAGCGCUGCCUGCAAACACAACAGAGCACGGGUGGAAGACAUGCGCUCGGUUUAUUCACAGCAGCAGCCCGAGCCGCUAACUCAGAAAUACUCCCUUCAGUCAAAGUGUGAGUCCCCGCCCAGCUGGGAAGGAUGAGUGCUGAAGCAGCCGACCGGGUGGCUGCUGUGACCAGCGGUCGGCCCAGUACGCCUCUGCAGACGUCCUGGUUUGAGUUCCUCUUGGACGGCAGCCUGCUGGAGAAACACCUGCAGAAAUCAAAUGCAGACCCGACUCCGGUGCAGCUGAUCGUCCAGUUCCUGGAGCAGGCGUCCAAACCGUCGGUGAACGAGCAGAAUCAGGUUCAGCCUCCAGCAGACAACCGCAGGAACCGAACCCUGAAGCUGCUGGCGCUGAAGGUCGCCGCACACAUGAAGUGGGACCUGGAUUCACUGGAGAAAGGACUGACCAUCCCAGUGUUGAACAUGCUGCUGAAUGAGCUGCUGUGUGUCAGCAAAGUGCCUCCAGGUGUGAAACAUGUGGAUCUGGAUCUGUCCGCUCUGCCUCCGACCACCGCCAUGGCAGUGAUCAUCUACAACCGCUGGGCCAUCAGAACCAUCGUGCUGAGCAGCUUUCCAGAGAAACAAACCAAACCAGGACCUCAUCAGAUAAACAUGUUAAAUAUCGUGCAGCAGGAGAAAGAAAUGACAGAAAACAUCCUGACUGUGCUGAAGGAGCAGGCGACCGACUCCAUCACCGUCCUGGAAGGAGCUCUGCAGCUGAAGAAGGACUUCUACGUCCACACUCUGAGGACUCUGGACCUGCUGGCCGCUGACGCUGCCGCUAACGGAGAAACCGAAUCCUCCACAGCCGGGCUUCGAAUCAGCGCCGAUGACCUGCACUGCCAGGUGCAUUAUGAUCUGGGAGGUAUUUUCUUCCAACAAGGCUGCACCGACCAGCCAACCUAUGAGAAGGCCAGAGAUCACUUCAGACAGACCAAGGAGCUCUUGAAGAAGCUGGACUCGACCGUCCACGUCCACAUGGACGAGAAGCGUCUGGCCGGUUACUGGAACGCCUGCAGAGCUCUGACCGGAGACUGUGACCCCUGCGACCCCCAGACGACCCCCUACGACCAGAUCAACAGCCUGAUCCGAGCCCACAACCACCAGGCCGUCAUGGAAGCCUUCAUCAAAGACAACGUGUCCCGCAGUUUACCGAACCACUUCAGACGCUCGGUUCUCAGAGAGUUCUUGUACAAAGUCCAGCAGGGGGAGUCCGGUCUGGAUGAAGUUUGUCAUCAACUUUGUGUCUGUAACGCCGUGAGAGACGCUCUGGAAGGAGAAAUCCUCAGCAUUCGUUUCCAGCAGCUGCUCCUCAAGCCUAGUAAACGGAUCGUGGACUUCAUCUUAGAGGUGGUCUACGAUAAAGGAGAGAUCUACUCGUUCUCCAAGCACGGACGUUUUUGCCACGAGAUAAAGAUGAACUACUCUCCGUACACGAACUACUUCACCCGAGUCUUCUGGAAUCGCUCGUAUCACGUCUACAAAGUGAACUCCAUCAUCUCCUUCCAGUACUGACGGCAGAUCGGACUCCUCUCGUAUUUAAGAUCUCAUCCACAGUUGGACACUCUGGGCUUCUGCAAGCGUCUCGUCACUGUUACGUCGAAGCCGCACGUUCAGCAGGGAUCGGCUGAGGACGCCGCACCGACCUCCACGUGUCGAAGUCGAAACACGCCAUAUUAAUCACUGUACUGUACUUUUAUAAGCCAUGCGUUACUGUCAAUGUUACUGUGAGGCAUUUAAUGAAGGGGGGAUGGAUGAGAGUCGUCUGUGGUCACUUUGUGCAGAAGCUGCUCAGAUUUAAACAAACAGCGGUCGUAUUUUCAGUCAUCUAUAUCUCAACAAUUGUCAUGAAAUUUACUACAAAUAGCACCCGAAGGAGUUCCAUUAUCUGCUCACAUUUCCUCCAGAGUGGUUGACAUUUGUAUUAAAAUGUCUUUUUUUUUGGCCUUUAGUGAACAGUUAGAGGAAAAACAAACGGAAGCUGUGGGGAAAGAGAUGAUCUGGACUGGCUGAGAAUUAAAACUUCUGAUUGGGUUCUGUAAAGCGUCUUGAGACGAGUUGACUGUAAUUGACGCUAUAUAAAUAAAACUGAAUUGAAUUGAA